CUUUCUGUGUGUACAAUACGCGCGUUUCAUGCCUCCCGCUCAUAACUCGCCGGGAGAGAGUGAUUUGUGCUACUAAAGUGCCGCUGACUCUUUGUGAUUUUGUAUUUUUAUACCUAAGCAUAUUCUCAUGGAUGCGCGUGUUUGUUUUACAUUCACCACCCUUCUUGAAUCUCAUUUUUCUCUCUAGAUCAACAAUACAACGUGCUCAAUCCGGCCCUCGGAGAGUCAAUCGCCUCUAGCCAAAACAUAGAAUAGCUUCUUAUGCAUACUUAUAGCUUCUUAUACAACUGUAGGAAAUAGCCGAGCCAUUGUUAACGAACUUCGCAUAUUUUACAUCUUAUCAGUCUGUCCAUUUUCUUCUAAACGUUGCGUUGUAGCAAUGUUUUUUAAAAAUUGUUUGUGCUGGUUAUAGAAGCUUUUUAAAUUGCCCGCAGCUUCGUCUCAAGUGCAUUGACACUUAUAAUGAAUAUAGAUUUUUAUAGUGUAGUUUUUCAUACGCCAUUUUAAUAUCAUUCAUUAUUUUCGUACUCCACACUUUCUUGGCUUCAUAACAUUUGAAGCAAACUUUCUCUUCCGUAUCUCAUCUACCAAACGUCGAGUGCAAAUCCAUGCCAACAACAAAGUUAAAUCAAGAGCAACAAAGUUCUCAGGUUGUGACCAAUGGAAGUGCCCUUUUGAAUUCUGCAAAUGGAUUGUCGCAUUCAUCCACGGAUAUUGAAAACCAUCCGCCGACUGUUAACACUAAUUCAUCUACUAGCAAUGGCACACACGAAGGACAUGCUACGUCUAUUGGUGAUGACAGUUCCUCCUAUACCACAGAAUCUGAUCUGACAUCUUUGCUAGCGAAAGUUCAUUCCGUACAAAUAUGUGAUUCGGACUUGGCGGGUACAUCAAGUAAGUUCCUGGACGGUGCUGGUUUCACCAAUGGUGAUAUUCCUGCAGAUUCCAAAAUACCAAGCCUCCACAAUGGCUUGGCCAGUGAUAGAGACCCAUAUUCAGCGGUUGACAGCAUGUCUUCCUCUGGUAACAAUUCCAAUCCCAGGACUAGAAGUCCAGACUUCAGAGUGAGAUUUUCUGAAGAUGGUCACAUUCCUCCAGCUACUCAGGUAUCGGAUAUCCAUGUUGUUUCUUCUUGUGAACCAGUUCCUUGUUCCAAUGGUGCUACGGGUUGUGAAUCUCCCACAGACGGUGCUAAGGGUGGGAAUCCCACCUUGUGGCUCGGUGACGACCAAAUGCUGCUUCUUCCGGGCAAGAGUCAUUCCGAGGAGACCGAUUCGAAUUCUGGAACAAGUGAAACUAAAUCGUUUGAAGGAUUAUUAUCACCCAAUGGCACUAGUAUUUUGUGGGAUGAAGACACUGAUUGGAUAUUAUUAUUUGAUAACAUGAUUCGGUAUGCUGACAGAAAGCAGCAGCGAACCACGAGGUCUUGCGGGUGCAAAGGUUCGAGAACUGAAGAUGAAACCGAUUCUAAAUCUCAGCACUCUGAAAGCAGUGAUGCUGAUGGGUCUUCAACCACAAAAAGUGCUGCAGCUAAGCGAGCUAGCAGUGCUCCACCUGCAAGACGAACAAUGUUCACAUCUUCCAAAUCCCUACCAAGCUCAACCAAAGUUGAAAAAAUUCUUGAGGAUGAUGAGCCAAAAAGUGCAAAGAAGUCACCUGUGUCAAAAAUAUUGGUGAAUGACAGAAAAACAGUGACCAAAAGUCGUGGUGGUGGUGCAGGGGGUGCUGAUGAAGAAAUGUUCAUCAAAUCAUUUGAAGAUGUACCUAGAAUAACGUUAUAUUCAGCUAGGGACCUGGAAUCAGAACUUACAAAAAUCAAAGAAACUCUUGGUAAUCCUAGUAAUGAUUGGGAAAAACGAGUUGAAAUGUGCAAACGAUUUCGUAGUGUAAUUGUUGCUGGUGGCCAUGAAUAUGAUGAAUUUUAUCUGCAUUUAAGGCUUUUGGAACAUCCCUUCCAAAUAAGUGUAAAAGAUUUGCGCUCGCAAGUAGUCAGAGAAGCAUGUAUAACAAUUGCAUAUCUUUCUCAGCAGUUAGGAUCAAAAUUAGAUCGUUUUUCGGAAGCUUUGUUGCCAUGUCUUAUUAACUUAAUUCCUAAUAGUGCCAAGAUCAUGUCCACAGCGGGGAUAGUUGCCAUACGUUUCAUCAUACGAUAUACACAUGUAAGCCGGUUAAUACCUAUAAUCACUACAAAUUUGUCUUCAAAAUCAAAAGAUAUCCGAAAAACUUGUUUUGAAUUUCUGGACCAGUUGCUUGUUACAUGGCCGACACAUCCAAUGGAGAAGCAUGUUGCUAUUUUGACAGAUGCAAUUAGAAAAGGCAUUAGUGAUGCAGAUCCAGAAGCCCGUGCAUUUUCGAGAAAAGCAUAUUGGAGUUUUGCUGACCAUUUCAGGGAGCAGGCAGAUGCUCUUUUGAACUCUCUAGAUAACAGCAAGCAACGAAUGCUUCAUGAUGAACUUACUAUGAGCAAUUCCUCUAGUAGUAGCUCCUUGACCCAGAGUAACAAACCUUACAGGUCGACUGCCUCCAAUCAUGGGGGCUCUGUGGAAAACUUAAAUUAUGGUCGCACUGGAACACUUGGGAGAAGAACAGGAAUUUCCAAUUUGCCUAUUUCAAAACAGGAUCCAUCUUCAGGCAUUCCUACCCGAUUGAGAUCAACUAGCGCUAUUGAUUUGUCCGCAGUUAGGCGUGCCAAAGCCCGAGCUUCAUACUCGACCAUCGCUAAUCUUGCUAGAGGUUCGGGGGCUUCUCUUCCUCGAACUCCAGCAACAAGGCGUAACGAGAUAUCUGUUCAUGCUAUUACAUCGCCUGAGCGAGUAGUGAAAUCUCGACCAAGGGGAUCCUCACAAUCACAACCCAACAGUAGACCUGACUCCCCUUCUUCGAGAUUAAGCUAUGCAACAUAUUCUUCACCAGACGGUAAAUCUAACAGAACACGUACUAAAUCGGGAAUACCCAUUGCAACCAGCCGAGAUGCCAGCCCUACCAGACCCAGCUUUGGUACUCAUGAAAGGCGAUUAAGUGGAUCUAGAACAAGAUUGACUGGUGCAGGGGAAAAGUACCCUACUUUAUCCUCUUCUGCUGCUCCAUUGAUGGCUGAAAGAACGUUACAGCAAAGCCGAGAAGCGGAAGUGGCUGUUGCAGAUGCUUUGCGAGCACCUACUCGAAGGCGAUAUAAUGCCUUUGAUGAUCAGUCAGAUGAAAGUGAAACUUCUAGUGUUUGUUCGGACAGAUCCUUCAGCUCCUUUGGUAGAAGUGUAGAUGAUAUCAAUGAAGUGAUUCAUAAUCUUCAUAGCAUUCACUGGUCAGAUCGUAAAGAAGGUCUCCAGUCUUUACAGGCUUACUUCCGCUCUGGCAGAUUCUUAUCUCACAUUGAGCUGAAAAAAGUAACAGAUAUAUUCUCAAAAAUUUUUAUGGAUCCCCAUACUAAAGUGUUUUCCUUAUUUUUGGAUACUUUAAAUGAACUAAUUGUCAUUCAUAAAAAUGAUUUGCAUAGUUGGCUUUAUGUAUUAUUGACUCGUCUCUUUUUAAAAAUGGGCUGUGAUAUAUUAGGAUCUGUUCUUGCUAAAAUCCAAAAGACCCUAGAAUUAGUUAAAGAAUCAUUCCCAUAUGAAAAUCAAUUUAGUGCCAUAAUGAAAUUUUUGAAUGAUCAAACUCAAACCCCAAAUACAAAGGUUAAAAUCGCCUUGUUAAAAUAUCUUCACUCCCUUAUAUCAGAAAUGGAUCCAAGUAAAUUUUCAAGUGCCAACUCAGAAGUUAGUUUUGCUUUUAUGAAGAUCAUCUCCUGGACUGCGGUGCCAAAGAGCAGCGAUUUACGAAAGUAUGGAGAAGAUGUGUUGGUUGCCCUCUUUAGCCUCAACCCUGCAGAAUAUUCCAAUUUUAUUGACCAACUUCCAAAAGCAUAUAAGGACAGUGCAUUUCAAUUGCUUCAUUCUCGAUAUCCUCGAUCUAAUCCUGAUACACCUCGAUCAGUUGGCAACAGAAAUUCUCCAUGUCCUGUCAUGUCUCAUUUGCAAUCUCCUAAUUCUGGGCUGCCAUGGCCCAGAAGUCAUGGUGGUACACCACAGAAUCGGUCUUUUGAAUAUGAUGACACAGAAAAUUUGAAUCCUGAAGAAAUUACUAAUUCUUGGAAGAAAACGAUGUCUGAAAUAGAAGAAUAUAAGUCUGAUGAUUUCUAUGACAAAAUGUCUGACAAAAUAAUUCGCGAUUCACCUUCUCGUACUAUAAGUUCAAGACAUAAUAGCCUUGAUGGACAUUUUGACAAUCGCUUGGAGCUUAAUUCCAGCACUGAUUCCUCACCAACAAAGAGAUCUCCAUCAGAUUACAGCAGUUUAAGUUUUCCUAGAAAUGAGGCAUCUCUGCUUUUUGACAGGGAGUUAUCCGAAAUUCCUUCUGAGAUUGACAAUGAAAUUGAUGGUCUGUUGACCACUGACAAUCACAAGACCAUCUUUUCUAUUGUCAAUGAACUUAGUAAGAGUACCAAAAAUGAAAAUAAAAUCCAGGCUUUGGGUCGGCUUAUCUGUCUAGCUAGAGAACAGUCUUCUAUUAUAACAAAGGAAGAUUUUUGUGUUAUCUUCAAAGAAGUAAUUGCUACUGUAUCUGAGACAAAAUUCCCUGUCAAAACCUUGGCUCUGAAAGCUCUUUGUGAAUUAAUGAAAACAAAGGCAGACUAUUUUCAGGAGUAUACUGAAUUGACCAUUCUCAGGAUUUUAGAAUCGUACAAAGACACAGAAAAUGAUGUAAUCAAAAUGGCUGACUUAUGUUCUGCUGUCGCUGCCAUCCAUUUGCGACCUGACCAGUCUAUUAGAGUUCUCACAGCCAUAAUACAUGAUGGGGAUAUGCCUAUCAAUCAAGCUGCAAUCAAAAUGCUUACAAAGGCCGUGGAGCAUCAUCCAAAACAGAUAAUUGAGAAUAUGCUUCCAGAAAUGAUGCCGAAACUCAUUGAGGCUUAUGACAACAUAGAAAGUGCUGUGCGCAAAGCUGCUGUCUUCUGCAUGGUAGCUAUUCACUGCAAAGUAGGAGAAAAAAUGCAACCCCAUCUAGCUGGCCUCAAUAGUUGCAAAAUGAAGCUGUUGAAUGUUUAUAUCAAAAAAGCACAGUUGCAGAAUGCUGGGGGUGGCAGUAGUCCUGGUUCCCCUGGUAAUCCCCCUUCCUCUUCCAGCAGCCAGUAAAUGGUGGGAACAUCCCUGAAAAUAAUCAUCCAAUCCAGUCGGUGGUCUGGUUUAAUUUGCGAUCAAUGCAGAUAAUCCUAACCUACACUUAUUUAACAUGCAACCUAUUCAACAUGUUUUUUCGUUGAUGCAGUUAACAGCAAAGAAACUAUGGUUUGAAAUGUUCUAACUCAGAAGUUACUGUUUUUCGAACUUUGUUCAUUUAUGUAUAAAGUGUGCACUCUAUAUUCUAUUUUAUUCUCAAAAUAUAUAAAAUUAUGCCUUGUUAAAAAUAUUUCAAGCAGCUGUUGUCACAUGGAGGGAGGGACAAAAAAAUUAGACUUGUAUUCUAGUAAAUUUUUUGAUAUUGACAUUGUAUGAUCUCAAGAAAUUUUUUGUUUAUAUAUCAUAUUUUUUAAGACCUUAUUGUAGAGUCAGCAAAUAUAGCUAUUUCUGAUAAGUAAGCCUUCUCUUAGUAUCAUUUUGUAAUUUUGUAUUUUGACCACUUGUGUGUACAUAGAAUGUAUUUGAACAGAUGCUUUUCUCAAGGCUAGAUCAAGAACUCGUAACAGUCGGUGCUCUACAAAAGAAUAAAAUGCUUUUCGAAAUUCUGAUAAAACUGCAUUAAAUUCUUUCUGACUAUCAUCAGUUCUAUUGCAUUUGUACACAGUGUAUUACUGGAAAACAACCUGAUUGCAACUAAUGUUUACAUUGAUUGAAAAACUAAUGCUUAUGAUGAGAUAAGGAAAGAAUUGAUUUGUAAAAAAAAUUGUAAAUGUUUUCAUUUCCUUUAUAAAUAAUACUUUCUUGGAACAUUUAGUUUGAAAUGCAACAUUUUGAGCAAAUUUAACAAAUCGUAUCUAAAUCGAUUGUUAGUGUGUUUUUCAAAAUAUUUAUUGCUUGUAGAACAAAUGAAGAAAAUAAGAUCUUUUUAUUUCUUUGAGAUUUUAGUGUUUUCAUUGGACAUAAUUUUAAGACAUUUGAUUAAAAAAAUCAUUCUUUUUAUUUUGAAAAUUUAUAAAAAAGGGAUAAGUAAUCGAAUAAUUUUUUUUUCUCAAAUUAGAUGGAAAUUGGAAAGUUAUUGUUGAAGGGUGAAUAUACAUUUUAUCUGCCUAGAACAUUAUUGAUGACUUUUCUCUGAAAUUCAAAAUGUAGAAAUUUUUUGGUUGUAUGAAUUUUUUUUACUAAUGUGUAUUGUACAUAUGGUAUGUUUUAUGAUGAAUAUUUUCUCUCUCACUAUUCUUAGCUUAUGUUGCCAAAAGAUUACAGUGUUUUAAAAUGGUUUGCUUGCAUUACAGAGUUUAAAUUUGAAUGAAUGGCUUCUAAAAAUAAAAUCAUGGAUAGUCUAGUGUUGAAAACAACACAUUUUUACACAUUAAAUUAGUGAACUUUCCAUAUUAUUAGAGAACUUGAAUGUAUAUUAUAUGACAUCAAUUUUGAGUUGCUGUGAUAACAAAACUGUUUCUUUUCUUCAUUUAAAACUUUUUCCUUGUAAAUGAUGGAUUUCAAAAUCUGAAAGGAUUUGCUGUAGUGUGAUAAAGAAUUGUUAAAAGACAUGAGCAUAUAUGCAUAAAUAAAUGAAAAAAUUUUACAUCUAUUGUCAUUUUUCGAAGUUCUCACUUAACUCAGUUAAUUAAUUUAUAUAUCAUAAUCUUGUGUGUUUAAUUGAAAUUUUUAGUUUUUCUUUGUUUGGAAUUUUUAAAUUAUGAAUAAAAUCAUUCAGGAAUCUGACUGAAAUGGAUUUAAAUAAUUAUAAUUUUAUUUCUACACCACGAGGUAAAGGGUAAUUUUUUUUUAAUGCAUGUUUUAUGUUCUCAAUCAACAUUCUUGCGCUAAAAAGGUAGCUUUUAAAAUGUUGUGUCUUGUUUUAAACUUUAAUAAUAUGUUUCAUGUGUAUAUAAUGGAAGAGCUUUAGUUUUAUGGGCAAAAACAUCAUAAUAACCAAGUGCCACCAUUAUUAAAAUUUGUGCACAGCAUACUGUAGCCCUGCCAUGAUUAUUACUGUACUUCAUUGUUUUCAUCUAAUCAGUGACAUUACUUUCUUUUCGCUAAAUGUCUAAAAAAUAAUACUUUUGCUUGUAUAGUGUACAUUUUAUCUCUAAAAUAAACAUGUGCAAGUUUUUUUUUC